AUGAGCCUUUGGGGCAUACUUGUUUUUUUAAUCUUCUUGGGUAAAAGUUGGGGACAGGAACAAACAUAUGUCAUUUCAGCACCAAAAAUAUUCCAUGUUGGAGCAUCUGAAAAUAUUGUAAUUCAAGUUUAUGGAUACACCGAAGCAUUUGAUGCAACAAUCUCACUUAAAAGUUAUCCUGAUAAAAAAUUUAGUUACUCUUCAAGCUAUGUUACUUUAUCCACAGAAAAUAAAUUCCAAAACUCUGCAAUCUUAACAAUACAACCCAAACAUUUGUCUGGAGGACAGAAUCCAGCAUCACAUGUGUAUUUGGAAGUUGUAUCAAAGCAUUUUUCAAGAUCAAAAAAAGUGCCAAUAACCUAUGACAAUGGAUUUCUCUUCAUUCAUACAGACAAACCUGUUUACACUCCACAACAGUCAGUAAAGGUUAGAGUUUAUUCACUGAAUGAUGACUUGAAGCCAGCCAGAAGAGAAACUGUCUUAACUUACAUAGAUCCUGAAGGAUCAGAAGUGGACAUGAUGGAAGAAAAUGAUUAUACUGGAAUUAUCUCUUUUCCUGACUUCAAGAUUCCGUCCAAUCCUAAAUACGGUGUGUGGAAAAUCCAAGCUAAAUAUAAAGAGGAAUUUUCAACGACUGCAACCGCAUAUUUUGAAAUUAAAGAAUAUGUGUUGCCACAUUUUUCUAUCUCAAUAGAACCAGAAAAGAGUUUCAUUGGCUAUAAGGACUUCAAUCAUUUUGAAAUUACUAUAAAAGCAAGAUAUUUUUAUAAUAAAGUUGUCACUGAGGCUGAAGUUUAUGUCACCUUCGGAAUAAAAGACGACUUAAAAGAUGAUCAAAAAGAAAUGAUGCAAAAAGCCUUGCAAAACACAAUGUUGAUAAAUGGAAUUGCUCAAGUCACAUUUAACUCUGAAGUUGCAGUUAAGGAACUGUCCUAUGCAAGUCUGGAAGAUUUAAACAACAAGUACCUUUAUAUUGGUGUAACAGUCAUAGAGUCUACAGGUGGAUUUUCUGAAGAGGCAGAAAUUCCUGGCAUCAAAUAUGUCCUCUCUCCCUACAAACUGAAUUUGGUUGCCACUCCUCUUUUUGUGAAGCCUGGGAUUCCAUAUUCUAUCAAGGUGCAAGUUAAGGAUUCAUUAGACCAGUUGGUAGGAGGGGUCCCGGUGACCCUGAGCGCACAAACCAUCGAUGUAAACCAAGAAAUGUCUAACUUGGAGUUGAUGAAAAGCGUAACACAUUCCAAUGAUGGAGUAGCUUCGUUUAUAGUUAAUCUUCCAUCUGGAACAAGGAUGCUGGAGUUUAACGUCAAGACUGAAGACCCAGAUCUUCCAGAAGACAAUCAGGCCAGCAAAGAUUACCAAGCAAUAGCAUAUUCAUCUCUCAGCCAAAGUUACCUUUAUAUUGACUGGACUGGAAACUAUAAACCUUUGCUUGUGGGAGAAUAUCUGAAUAUUAUUGUUACCCCCAGAAGUCCAUAUAUUGACAAAAUAACUCACUAUAAUUACUUGAUUUUAUCUAAGGGCAAAAUUGUUCACUUUGGCACAAGAGAGAAAUUUCCAGAUUCAACCUAUCAAAACAUAAACAUUCCAGUGACACAAAACAUGGUUCCUUCAGCCCGUCUCCUGGUCUAUUACAUCGUCACAGGAGAGCAGACAGCAGAGUUAGUAUCUGACUCAGUCUGGAUAAAUAUCGAAGAAAAGUGUGGCAAUCAGGUCCAGGUUCAUCUGUCUCCAAGUACAGAUAUGUCAUAUUCUCCCGCCCAACCUGUAUCUCUUAAUGUGGCAACUGAGUCGAGUUCCUGGGUGGCUUUAUCAGCAGUGGACAGUGCUAUAUAUGCACUCCAAAGAAGAGCCAAGAAACCUCUGGAAAGAGUAUUUCAAGUCUUAGAGAAGAGCGACCUGGGCUGUGGGGCAGGUGGUGGCCGCAACAAUGCAGAGGUAUUCUAUCUGGCUGGACUCCUCUUUCUCACCAAUGCAAAUGUAGAAGACACCCAAGAAGACGAUAAGCCUUGUAAAGAAAUUCUCAGGCCAAAGAGGAUGCUGCAAAAGAAAAUAGAGGAAGAAGCUGCUAAAUACAAACAAGCAAUGAUGAAGAAGUGUUGCUACGAUGGAGCCCAUCGAAACGACUAUGAGGACUGUGAGCAGCGUGCUGCCCGCAUCAAGAUAGGCCCCAGAUGCGUCAAGAUCUUCAAGGAAUGUUGUAUCAUCGCAUAUCAGCACCGUAAUAAUGCGUCUUAUAAAGACAUCCGUCUGGGAAGGCUACAUAUAAAGACCCUGUUACCAGUGAGCAAGCCAGAAAUACGAAGCUAUUUUCCAGAAAGCUGGUUAUGGGAAGUUCAUCAUGUCCCCAGAAGAAGCCAAUUGCAGUUUGUGCUACCUGAUUCUCUAACUACCUGGGAAAUUCAAGGUGUUGGCAUUUCAGAUAGUGGUAUAUGUGUUGCUGAUACUCUCAAGGCACAGGUGUUCAAAGAUGUCUUCCUGGAAAUGAAUAUACCAUAUUCUGUUGUACGAGGGGAGCAGAUCCAAUUGAAAGGAACUGUUUACAACUACAGAGUGUCUGGUAUACGGUUCUGUGUUAAAAUGUCUACCGUGGAGGGGAUCUGUACAUCAGGAAGACAAGCCAUUGACCACCAGGGCAGGAAUCCCUCCAAAUGUCUGUUCCAGACAGUAGAAGGUUCCUCCAGUCACUUGGUGACCUUCAGCGUGCUUCCCCUGGAAAUUGGCCUCCACAACAUCAACUUUUCACUGGAGACUUCACUUGGAAAAGAAAUUUUAGUAAAAACAUUACGAGUGGUGCCAGAAGGUGUCAAAAAGGAAAGUUACGCUGGUGUUACUCUGGACCCAAGGGGUAUUUAUGGUGUCAUUAGUAGACGAAAAGAGUUCCCAUUCAGGAUACCAUUAGAUUUGGUCCCCAAAACAAAAGUCAAAAGGAUUGUGAGUGUAAAAGGACUGCUUAUAGGAGAGAUCAUGUCUACAGUUCUGAGUCAGGAAGGCAUCGACAUUCUUACCCACCUCCCCAAGGGGAGUGCAGAAGCAGAACUGAUGAGUGUGGUCCCAGUAUUCUAUGUUUUUCACUACCUGGAAGCAGGAAGCAAUUGGAACAUUUUUUCUACUAAUUCAUUUACUCAAAAAGAGAACCUGAAGAAAAAAUUAAAGGAAGGGAUGGUGAGCAUCAUGUCCUACAGAAAUGCUGACUAUUCUUACAGCGUGUGGAAGGGCAGCAGUGCUAGCACCUGGUUAACCGCUUUUGCUUUAAGAGUACUUGGACAAUUAAAUAAAUACAUAGAACAGAACCAAAAUUCAAUUUGUAAUACUUUAUUGUGGCUGGUGGAGAAUUGUCAACUAGAAAAUGGAUCUUUCAAGGAGAAUUCAGACUAUCAACCAAUAAAAUUACAGGGUACCUUGCCUGUGGAAGCCCGGGAGAACACUUUAUAUCUGACAGCCUUUGCUGUGAUUGGAAUUAGAAAGGCUUUUAAUAUAUGCCCCAUGAUGAAAAUCAGCACGGCUCUAACUAAAGCUGAAACCUUUCUGCUUGAAAAUACCCUCUCAGCCCAGAGCACCUUUACACUGGCCAUUGGUGCUUACGCUCUUUCCAUGGGAGAUAAAACCCACCCACAGUUUCGUUCAAUUGUCUUAGCCCUGAAGAAGAAAGCUUUGGUUAAAGGUGAUCCAGUCAUUUAUCGUUUUUGGAAAGACGAUUUUCAACAGGAAAGCAGGUCCACACCCAACCCCAGUACGGCUCACAUGGUAGAAACCACUGCCUAUGCUUUACUUGCCAGUCUGAACCUGAAAGACAUCAACUAUGUUAACCCAAUCAUCAAAUGGCUAUCUGAAGAGCAGAGGUAUGGAGGCGGCUUUUAUUCAACCCAGGAUACAAUUAAUGCCAUUGAGGGCCUGACAGAAUAUUCACUCCUGAUUAAACAACUCCACUUGAACAUGGACAUCAAUGUUUCUUACAAGCAUAAAGGUGACUUCUACCGUUAUAAGAUGACAGAGAAGAAUUUCCUUGGGAAGCCAAUAGAGGUGCCUCUCAACGAUGACCUCAUCGUCAGUACUGGGUAUAGCAAUGGCUUGGCUACAGUGCACGUAACAACUGUGGUUCAAAAAACCAGUACUUCUGAGGAGGUUUGCAGCUUUCAUUUAAAGAUUGAAGCCCAAGACAUAGAAGCAUCCAACUACAGGCGCUACGACGACAUGGAUUUCAAGCGCAUAAUAGCAUGUGCCAGCUACAAGCCCAGCAAAGAAGAAUCAUCAUCAGGGUCUUCCCAUGCGGUGAUGGAUAUCUCUUUGCCUACUGGAAUCAGUGCAAACCAGGAUGAUUUAAAAGCUCUUGUGGAAGGGGUGGACCAGCUGUUAACUGAUUACCAAAUCAAAGAUGGACAUAUUAUUCUGCAACUGAAUUCGAUUCCUUCCGAUGACUUCCUCUGUGUUCGAUUCCGGAUAUUUGAGCUGUUUCAAGUUGGGUUUCUGAAUCCUGCUACUUUCACGGUGUAUGAAUACCACAGGCCAGAUAAGCAGUGCACCAUGUUUUAUAACCCAUUCGAUGCCAGACUUCAGAAAGUCUGUGAAGGAGUAACGUGCAAAUGCAUAGAAGCUGACUGUGGACAGAUGCAGACAGAACUGGAUCUGACAAUCUCUGCAGAUACUAGAAAAGAAACAGCAUGUAAGCCAGACAUUGCCUAUGCCUAUAAAGUUCGUAUCACAUCCAUCACCAAAGAAAAUGUCUUUGUUAAGUAUACUGCAACCCUCCUGGAUAUCUACAAAGCUGGCGAAGCUGUUGUCCAGAAAGACUCUGAAAUCACCUUCAUUAAAAAGGCAACGUGUGCUAACGCUGACCUGGAACAAGGAAGACAAUAUUUGAUUAUGGGUAAAGAAGCCCUCCAGAUAAAAUACAACUUCAGUUUCAAGUACAUCUACCCUUUGGAUUCGUCCACCUGGAUUGAAUACUGGCCUACAAACACAAUGUGUCCAUCAUGCCAGGCAUUCUUGGCCAAUUUAGAUGAGUUUGCUGAAGACAUCUUUCUAAAUGGCUGUGAAAACCCCUGAAGAAGGUCAACCAUGUGGCAUUUUCGCUGUGGACUCCCGUUGUGCAAGUGUCUUCCUUUUCUUUUUUGUUUUUCUGUUUUUUAAACAUUCACAGCUGGUCUUAUUUGGAAAGCUCACUUUACUUAGAAUUAGUGGCUCUUUGCUUUUAGUAGAGAACGAUUUUAAGAGCUGUAACUUUCUGAAAUAACACAGCCUUGGGGGGCAUGGAGACAGACACCCAUUCCAAGGUUAUCGGACACCAGAAGCAAUAAAAAUUGGGCCGCCUCCUAAA